GGACAUUUCACAUUAUAACAAUACUAUGUCAAUAAAAAUAAAAGGUUAAUCAACACUGUUACCAUGUACAAUAACAUUAUUUUUCUAAUUUAAAAUCAGAAUUCAUAUCAAUAUUAUUACUGAAGUAAUACAAAAGGUAAAGAGAAGUGCCGACAUACCAGUAAUAUGGAAUAUAAGUCAACAUCUUUAAAUAUAGUAGACAAUAUAUUGAUUGGUAAGGAAGAUCCAAUCGAUGAUAAAUGUAUCAAUAUAGGAGAAUUGCAUUUGAAUGCAUUUAAGUCCAGACCAGAUUUUGUUGGCCAAGUAGAUGCAAUUACAAAAGAAGAAAAUACAUUUCAGCAGAUGAGAGAACGAAGCGUGAAGUGUGCAUUAUGGCUGAAGAAAAUCGGUGUUCAACGCAACGAUAUUGUGACAGUGUGCACCUUCAAUCAUUUGGAUGCUUAUAUACCGUACUUGGCGUCUCUUUAUAUCGGCGCUAUUUUGUCUGUAUGGCCAGAUGAACACAUAGGAAAUUUGAGAUACUUUAUCCAAAGUUGUCCAAAAGUAAUUUUUACCGAUAUCGACAAAGCUCCGACAAUUUACAAUGUGGCAAAAAUAAUGAACGUUUCUACGAAAAUCAUAGUUUUCAAAAAGAAAUGCGAAGAGGAAGAGCGAUUUAAAUCUCUAAAUUCCAUCUUAAACAAUGAUUUCGAUGAAGACGAAAUCGAUAAAUUUUCUUGUACAAAAUUGGAGAGUAGCAAGGACACCGCAGUGAUACUGUUUUCUUCUGGUUCAAUUGAUUAUCUUCGUAAACAUGUUACAAUUCCACAUUCAUUUUUCAUAUCUCCAUCUAACCAGCAAAUACGUCUUAUGAUACCCAAUGAAGCAGGACUGUGGGUCGAAACCUUACACUGGAAUAUCAGUUUACUUUUGACAGUUCGCUGUAUUCUUUCGUAUGUGAAAGCGGUCAAAGUAUAUAAAGUUAACGAAUCUGAAAUAUACUAUCUAAAGUAUAUGAAAAUGAAUUUUCCUGGUAUUUUACAGCAAUAUAAGGUGAAUUGGAUAUUUCUGAAAAAUAGCAUGAUUCAAAACCUUAAUAUGGAUUUUUUUAAAAGUUGCAAUGUUCCCUGCGUUAAACAAAUGAUAUUUGGUUGUAAAAUUAUUCCAUAUAUAAUAUGUAUAUCCCACAUAUUGUGACUGCGUUGCCAAAAGCUUACGUUAUUAUGGUAUAUUGUUUGCCUGAAGCAGGUAUAAUCGCUUUUCAUCGAUUCAUAAUAAAGGAAAGUCGUAUGAUUUCUAUCGUGUCUAAAAAUGUUAAUUUGUUUUUUGCUGAUUUUAAUACUGAAUCUCCAUUAAAACAAUACCAAUAUGGUUUUGUCCGAUGCAAAUCUCCGUGCUUGACAAACGGCUAUUUUGAUCCUUUGACCAGACAUAUAAAUGCUGCUGUCGAUGAUAAUGGAUGGUUUCACACCGAUGAAGUAGGUUUUUAUGAUAAAGAUAAUAUCUUUGUUUUGGAACGAGGUAAGGCGGGUCAAGUUAUAUCAUAUAGAAAUUAUCGGUUUUCACCGUUAAUACUGGAGGACUUGUUACACAAACAUCCGGCAAUAAAAAAAGUUGCUAUAAUACCUAUAUAUAAUGCUUUCAAUAAUCAUCAUCUAAUGGCGUUGAUUGUGAAAAAAGAAGAAGUAGAGGUAACAGAAAACGAGAUUGCAGAACAUGUUAUGAAAGUAGAUCAUCGUACGCAGCUUUGCGCGGCAGUGCUGUUUGUACAGAAUCUACCACACUUCUUUGCUGGAAAUUUGGACCGUAGAAAAAUUUGCAAACAAGCGAGGAAGUGCAUGUAUGCUGUAAACAAAAUUUAAUUAAUUUAUAUUUAUUUUAUCUAGUUUUUAAAAAUCUACAUUACAUAUGUUUUUAUAAGCUAUUAAUGUAAUGUUUUGCAUUCGCGAUUAUAUUCAAUCAAUGUACGAUUAUAGCAUAAGUUGGAAAAAUAUAUUAGACAAAGUAAUUUAUAUUGAUUGUUUUAUUUAAUGAAAAUAUGAUGAUAAUAGACAAUAUUUUUACGAUAAUUAGUUUAUAGUUUUUAAAAAAAAUUACUUUCAAUGGAAGGAAAUUUAUAGAAAUUACUA